AUGGCACCUGUCCAGAAGCCGCGCUUUCGAAAGGUGCAGAGCUUCAAGACUGACUAUGCCCCCACCACCAUAACUCAAUAUGAGUCGGAGCGCAGCGGCAUGCAGGUCAUCGUGGCCGACCGAGAAGGACCCAAGAUCAACGGCUACUUCACCUUAGCCACCGAAAUAUUCGAUGACUCCGGAGCCCCACACACCCUUGAGCACCUGGUCUUCAUGGGCUCCAGAAGCUACCAGUACAAAGGGCUCCUGGACAAGUUGGCAUCGAGGGCUUACUCCAACACAAAUGCCUGGACUGCUGUUGACCACACGGCAUACACUCUGGAGUCCGCGGGCUGGGACGGCUUCGCCCAGAUCCUGCCCGUCUAUCUGGAGCACAUCAUCCUUCCCAACAUCACAGAUGAGGCUUGUACCACUGAGGUUCAUCAUGUGGAUGGCGAGGGCAACGACGCGGGUGUGGUCUAUUCUGAGAUGCAGGCUCUGCAGUACAGCAUGACUGAGCUCAUGGAUCUCCGCGCACGACGGCUCCUGUACCCGGAGAAUGUGGGUUUUCGUUAUGAGACAGGAGGCAUGAUGGAGGCCCUUCGUGCGUUGACCCCGGCGCGGAUUCGCGAAUUCCACAAGGAGAUGUACCAGCCUCGAAACCUAGCGGUCAUUAUUGUCGGAGAGACGAAUCAUGAGAACCUACUCGAAAUUCUGGACGAGUUUGAGGAGAGCAUAAAAGACUCCAUACCUCCACUGGAAUCUCCAUUCAGGCGGCCCUGGAUAAACUCUCCCCAGCCACCGGCCAUAAAGAAGACCAUCGUCGAGACAGUUGAAUUCCCCGAGGAGGACGAGUCAACAGGCGACAUUGCCAUUGCCUUCUUCGGCCCAAAUUGUACCAAUUUGAUUGAAACAUCUGCAUUGAACAUCCUGAUGACUUACCUUUGCGGCUCGUCGGUCUCAGUCCUCGAGAACGUCAUGGUCGAAAAGGAGGAAUUGGCCAGCUCUGUUUCCUACUGGUGGGACAGCAGGCCCAACACUACUAUAUGGUUUCAGCCCACAGGCGUUGCAACCGAAAAGCUCGAAUUCGUGGAAAAGAGGCUGCAUGAGUUGUUGAAAGAGGUCGCAUCGAAGCCGCUUGACAUGACUUACAUGAAAGAGUGCAUCAACCGAGAACAAAGACUUGUCAAGUUCCAGGCGGAGAGUUCCGAGCAAUUUUACUCGAACAAUAUCAUCACCGACUACCUGUUCGGCAAGCGGGACGGUUCAACCCUCAACGAGUUUCGCACAUUGAAGGAAUACGAUGUUCUGGGUCAGUGGGCUGAGGAACAGUGGCAGGCAUUCCUGAGAAAGUGGCUGGUUGAUGUCCACCACAUUUCCACGCUCGGUAAACCUUCAAUGGCUAUGGCGACCAAGUUGAAGAAGGCGGAAGAGGAUCGUGUUGCAAAGAGGAAGGAGAAGCUGGGACCCGAAGGACUGAAGAAGCUGGCGGAGAAGGUCGAAGCAGCCAAGGCAAAAAACGACGUCGUGAUCCCCGGGUCUUUCAUCGAUCAGUGGCACGUCCCAGGCACCGAGUCCAUACACUUCAUCGAAUCGAGCACUGCGAGGUCUGGAAGGGCAAAAGAUGUUGGCUUGAGCAACAAUGCGGCCCAAAAAGCGAUUGAUGCUGCGAAGCCAGGACUACCACUUUUUAUCCAGUUUGAAGAUGUGCCGAGCAACUUUGUCAACAUCUCGGUUCACAUCGGGACGUCACAGGUGCCGGUGGAGCUCAAGCCGAUACUCUCCAUAUUCAUCGACAAUUUCUUCAACACGCCGAUCAACCGCGACGGCAGGCUGAUCGAUUUCGAAGAUGUGGUCAUGGAACUUGAGAAGGACACAAUCAGCUACACUCUCAAUGGCGGGGGCAAAAUCUACGACCCUGAGAGCAUGCUGAUCAGCUUUCAGCUUGAGCCGGAGAAAUACACGACCAUCAUUGAGUGGAUCCGGACGCUUAUGUUUGACAGUGUCUUCGACAUCACGAGAAUCAAGGCAUGUAUAUCAAAGGCACUGGCGGAUAUCCCAGAGGCAAAGCGAGAUGGUAGGGCCAUGUCUCUUGAGGUCGAUUGGGCAGUGCACAUACGAAAAGAGUGGUACCCCAUGACGAAGAGGACGCUGGUCAGGGCUGUCUACCUCCGCCGGCUGAAGAAGCUGCUCCAGAAGGAGCCCCAGAAGGUCCUUGACAUGUUUGAGCAGCUUCGCAAGCUCCUAUUUUCCUUCCACAACGUCCGAGUCCUGGUCAUCUCUGAUAUCGCCAAGCUCAGCGAACCUGUUCAGUCUUGGGACGUCCUCACCAAGUCAUUCGGUAGCGAUGGUACGGCCAAGGAAUUGUUGCCCAUCGUCAAGACCCAUACCAUGCUCAAUGAGGAGGGCCACUCACCUGGCAACACCGGCACCGUCAUCAUCCCCAUGACCACCCUCGACACGUCCUACAGCGUCAGCACAACCAAGGGUCUCACCUCGUACGAGGACCCCCGCAUCCCCGCCAUGCUAGUCGCCAUAGGGUACCUGGAGGCGGUCGAGGGCCCCCUCUGGAACGCCGUCCGCGGCAGCGGGCUCGCCUACGGCACGCACUUCAGCCGGGAGAUGGACUGGGGCUUCCUGCAGUACCGGGUGUACCGCUCUCCGGACUCGAGCAAGGCCAUCGACACCUCGAGGGAGACGGUGGCGCGGAUCGCCUCGGGCGAGGUCCCGCUGGACAAGCACCUCGUCGAGGGCGCCGUCAGCAGCAUCGUGUCCAGCUUCGCGGACGAGCAGGCCACCAUGUCGUAUGCGGCGCAGCAGAACUACAUCCUCGGCGUGGUCAGGGGCCUCGACCCGGCCUGGACCAAGAACAUCCUGGCGCAGGUGCGCAACGUGACGGGCGAGGAGAUCAGGGAGGUCAUGGGCGAGCUGAUCCUGCCUGUCUUCCAGCCUGGCAAGAGCAACGUUGUCGUGACCUGUGCGCCGAUAAUGCAGGAGAACAUGGACAAGGCGUUUAAGAACAUGGGAUACAAAACACAAGUGCGAUCACUUUCAGACUUCUACGACGCCUACGGCCUGGAAGGAGAUGACGAGGAUGGCAAAGAGGACCCUGAGGACGAUGAGGAAGAGGAGGAUUCAGACGAGGACGAGGAUAUGUCUGAGGACGGGUCUGGUUCUGAAGAGGACGAGGAGUGA